CCGAUCAGUGGCGAAGAGGAUAAAACUGAAGUCAGAGCCACAGCCGGGGAGUGGAGGCGGCGACGGUACUCCCAACCUGAUAGAAACAGACGACAGUUCACGUAUUUAUCUAUUAUACACAGCUAAUUUACGUAAUUUCAACAUUAAUUCGUGUUGGUUGUCAGGACCUUGGAAAUAAGUAGACAUGACACUGAUCCGAGCGAAGCGAGUUGCUUCAGGGAUGCAGCGCAGUAUAUUCAAAGCUGUGUGUGUCCCUGGGAGUCCAGCCAAAAUUUCCAGCACCAUGGCUCCAGCUUGUUCUCGCUGCUUCAAUCGUGGACCACCUUGGAGGCGUGAUCCCUUCUCUCAGAUGGAAGAGUUCAUGAGGGACAUGGAGAGGAAAUUUAAGAGGGACAUUGAUAGUAGUUUGAGUUCAUUUUUCAGAGAAUUUCCCCGUGUAGGUGAGACCUUAUCGCAACCUAUAUCAUCUGCAGUCACAAGGCCAGGUUUUGGGCAUGUGGAAAAUCUGUCAACAGAAGAAAAGUACAAGCUAGCAUUUAACUUUUCCAGUGCCAAGCCCGAAGACAUCAAAGUUAAACUUAAAGAUCGAACCCUGACUGUCACAGGACAAGCUAAGACAUCCACUGAGACAUCCAGGUCUUCUUACGAGACAUCCAUAGAGUACCAGCUUCCCGAUGGGGUGGAUGUUGAUGCUCUGGAGUCUUCUCUCUCCCAUGAUGGGAUCCUGACAAUAGAGGCACCACAGAUUACACCUGAAGAACCUCAGACACCUCAGCCAAUUGAUAUCAACAGGGAAUAGAAAGGUCAGGUUUCACUUUGUCUGGACCCAACCAAGAAGAGUCAUCUUUUGACACCAUCCGACCCAAGGAACUUCAUCUAUCAACUAGAAUCAACCUAGUGAUAUCAAGUGUAAACAAAUGGAAAUGAAAUUGUAGAAAAAGAUGGAAGACUUUUCCGUACAUGUAUUUGAAUGGCUUAUUUUAAGAAUACUGUACUGUAUUGGUGUAACGUUUCUGUUGUCACUCUUCACUAGUCAUAUAUACAAUAGUCACUUACCAAUGUAAUUUGAAGAAUCAAACACUGCAUUUGCCCCCUUUCCCCUACCCCCUUAGAACGGGGGUCAGAAGUUUGUUCUGGGAAGUACCUUACUCUCGGAACAUUAUAUCUCUGUUCUACAUGAUUCGGACAUUUCUGUAUCUGGGAUAAGGAGCUUCCUGGAGUUAACUUAGGCUGCUUAGGAUCCCCUUUUUUUUAAGGGUUUGGAAUUCCUCAUCCAGGAUGUGCCGAACCUAGGACAAGGAGAGCCGGUCCUGAACUUGGUUAGCCUUUUUUUAUCCUUUUGAGCUGGGGUCAGGAGGCGUCUUCCAAGAGGAAAAUGGCUUUUGGACCAGCAUGCUUGAUUGUCCAGUGGUUAAAUGAGUCAGGAUUCUCUUGGGGGAGAACCCUGGCCCUCGGACCUGGCAUCAGCCAGGUUCAGGGACUCCCCAUUUUUUUCUUAUCUUUGCCCUCCUCCUCUAUCAACUGGAAUCGACUUUGUGAAAUCCAACGUGAACAAAUGGAAAGAAAAUUGGAGAAAAAGAUGGACGAUUUUUCUGUAUAUGUAUUUUAAUGGUUUGUGAACAUAAUGGUAUUGUAUUGUUUUUCUUCAGUCAUCUGUAGUCACUUACCAAUGUAAUUUGCUUUGAUGCCUUCAGCAAAGAAAACUCUUUUAAACAUAAGUAAAAAUAUGUAACCAUAGCUUGAACAAUGGUAAAUAAUCUUUGUUAUUGAGUCCCAAGUUAGUGUGAUGACUUUCUGUACAGUACAUCAGGGAAUUACUAACACCAUAGGCUAUUUUAUUUGUGUGAAUAUAACCUUGGUACAAUAAGAUGAA